UAACUCGAGAAAGUACGAGAAAAUAUAUUUGAGUUCGUAUUCCCCCACUUUCGCCUCAAUAACAAAACAAAUCCAAAGAGUAAAAGAAGCUGCUCGUCUUGAAGUGUAUUUUUCUGAAUAAUUAUGGUUAAUGUAUUGAAGGGUGUUCUCAUAAAAUGUGAUGACCCUGUUAUGAAACAAUUUAUACUUCACCUUGAUGAAACAUUGAAAUUGGGCUCAAGGUUUGUGUUGGUAGAUCUUGAUGAAUGUCAUCUGUUUGUGCAGCCUGAAGUCUAUGACAGUUUAAAGAAUCUCAUUGAUGAACAAUAUGAGAAGGUCUAUUAUAACCAGAAGAGCAGCUUAGAAAAAAAUCACCCUUUACCAUGGAAAAUCGGAAUCAGGUUUCAGGGAUCACGAUACGCUGCACAAAAGGGUUUUCCACUCAUGAAGAUCCCGGGUGCUAAAGUAUAG